UGGACCUAUGACAAACGUCAACCAGCGAAGAUAAAACGGGCCGGGAAUCCACCAGAGCUUCACACUUUUUCGCAUUCACUUGAGACUCAAGAGCCACAUAACCAGGUGAGACUGUCACCUGGGGAAACCGUUAAACAUCCUCCCACAGCGAUGUACUAGUCAAAGGCACAGUCGUUAGGGCCAGGGUGUUAAAAGAAACCGCCCGCCUCCACCAGCCUCCGGCGCACGAGACUCCGGCACCCAAGCAGGAUCGAGCGGGGCGAGCGGAGACUACAACUCCCAGCAGGCGGCGCGGCAGCAGGGCUCACGCACGCGCAGCCCAAACCCUGGGAACGAGGGCCCGCGGCGGGCUUCCGGGACAGGACGAUGGCUGCGCCCAGGCUGCGGCGUGCAACACAAAGGCUCUUUGAGAUGUCGGCGGCGUGGGGGCGCCUGAGUCGAGUUUACAGCACGUCUCACGCCUUUGCUGAGGUGCUGCAGCUGCCGAAGAAGCAGAUGACGAGGCUGGUGUAUCCGCUGCAGGAACUCGAGCAGUACCUCGCCCCGGACAGGAGGUCCGACCUUCACCUGAGGAUCUUCGAUCCGAGCCUGGAGGACAUCGCGAGGGCGGACACCAUCUUUACCGCCACCGCCCGGAACCGCAUCGAUUACCUCAGCUCCGCCGUCCGUCUCGACCACGCCCCGGACCUCCCCUGGCCUGAGGUAUGUUUUAUAGGCAGAAGCAAUGUUGGAAAAUCAUCACUAAUAAAGGCUUUAUUUUCACUGGCCCCUGAGGUUGAAGUCAGAGUCUCCAAAAAACCGGGACACACAAAGAAAAUGAAUUUUUUCAGAGUUGGAAAAUAUUUUACAUUGGUGGACAUGCCAGGUUAUGGCUAUAGAUCACCUAAAGAUUUUGUUGACAUGGUAGAGGCCUAUCUGAAAGAACGAACGAAUUUGAAGAGAACAUUUUUAUUAGUGGACAGUGUUGUUGGAAUUCAAAAAACAGACAAUAUUGCCAUAGAAAUGUGUGAAGAAUUUGCAUUACCUUAUGUGAUGGUAUUAACAAAAAUUGACAAAUCUUCCAAGGGACAUCUUUUAAAACAAGUGCUUCAGAUACAGAAAUUUGUUAACACACAAACACAAGGAUGUUUUCCUCAAUUGUUUCCUGUAAGUGCUGUGACCUAUUCUGGAAUCCAUCUAUUGAGAUGCUUUAUAGCAAAUGUAACAGGAAAUCUUGACUAAUGGGGCUCCUAGUUUAGCCAAAGA